AUGGCCGAGGUCGUGGCCACGGAGACUAACGUCCAAUCGGUCACAAAGCACCACUCACGAUCGCAUCCCACUCACUCGGCCAUCAAAAAAGAUAAUUUAACACUCCUAAACCAAGACUCCGGCCUAAGCCAUGGCGACACGCAGAUUGUCUACGUUGCUGACGAUCCAAAUGCCACCCACACCGUCCCAAUCAACAAAGGCAACGAAGCCAUGGUCUAUCUUACCUACUUAAUCGACCACUAUGAUUCCCUUCCAGAUCUUAUGGUCUUUAUGCAUGCCGGACGCACCUCCUGGCAUAACAACAUCCUCCUGCAUCUGAAAUCCUCCUCGCUCAUCCAGCGCCUACGCAGACCGCACGUGCGCGAUGCAGGCUUCGUUAAUCUUCGCUGCGACGCUACAAAUACGUGUACUGAAAUCCAAUAUGCAGUUCACGGCCAGUAUCCGGCGUCAGUUUUUACUAGGAAAGGCAUAGACUACUUGCCCCAACUUGAGCUUGAAUAUGCCGAGUUUAAUCGGUUGUGGGACGGGAUUUUUCCCGGCCAGCCCGUGCCAUCGGCGAUCGGAACACACACCGGGGCGCAAUUUGCGCUUACCCGUGACAUAGCUCUGCGGGUGUCACUGGCAGAGCUGAAACGGCUACGACAGUGGAUCGUCGAUACGGAUCUGACUUCGAAGAGUGCAGGGGCAGUGUUCGAGGUUGUUUGGCAUAUGCUUUUCCUAGGAACCCAGGCAUCCGUGAUUUGCCCUGCGCCGCUGGAGUGUUAUUGCGCGCUUUAUGAGAUCUGUAUCCAGGCUGUCAACAAGGAUGCGGAUCGCCUGCUGGAUGAUGUGUCCCAGGAGGGAUAUCGUGCUUACGAGAUGGGCCGUGAUCUAGGUCGAAUACAGCGUCUUAUAGGACAGAGCCCGAGUGAUGAGCGUGAUGGUGAGCUAGAGAGCAUCUCGGGAAGUCGUAUCGGGCCUGAUUUAGCGGGGCUUUCGAAGUAUACUGCUGAUAUAGAUAUGUACAUUGCGAAGACAACUGAACGUUUAAAUCGAAUAGUCAAGGAGGCGGAUGCUGCUGGACUGUGA